AUGAAUGUUCAAAGAAUUAUAGGAGUUUGUGGAUUAAAUGCAUCUGGUAAAAGUACAAUUUGUAAUUUUUAUAAGAAUAAAGGAUUUACUGUAAUCUCAUUAUCUGAUAUAAUAAGACAAACAUUAAAAGAAAGAAAUUCACCAGAAACUAGAGAUAAUUUAAUUAAUCUUGGAAAUGAAUUAAGAAAUAAAAGUGGUGCAGGAGUUUUAGCAAAUUUAACAAUUGAAAAAUUAAAUGAAAAUACAAAUUAUGUAAUUGACUCAAUUAGACAUCCAGAUGAAGUUACUUGUUUUAGAAAUAAAUUUAAUAAAGAUGGAAAUAAAGUAUUCAAUUUAAUUGGUAUUGAUAGUUCCGCAGAGAGUAGAUUUCAAAGAACACAAUCGAGAAAAAGAGAAGGUGAUACAACAACUUUAGAGGAAUUUAUGUCUGUUGAAAAAAGAGAAAUGAAUAAUCCUGAUCCAAAAGGUCAACAAGUUUCAAAGGUUUUAGAAAUGUGUGAUUAUAAAAUUUCAAAUAAUUUAGAACAAACUUUAGAUGGUUUAUUAAAUGAAUUAAAUAAUUUAGAAAUUAAAUUAAUUAAAAAAUAA